CUCCCGCUCCCGCAGCCCGGCGGCGGCCUUCCGGCGACGCCUGGCAGGUCUAGCCCGGAGCGCAGCUCUGUCCAGUCGCGGCGGCGGCGGCGGCGGCGGGCGCAGAGCGGAGAUGCGGCGGCUCGGGGGCGCCGUGCUGUGCCUGCUGCUGGCGGCGGCGGUCCCCACGGCCCCCGCGCCGGCUCAGACAGAGACCUCGGCUCCCGUCGAGCCCGGCCCGGCGCUCAGCUACCCGCAGGAGGAGGCCACCCUCAACGAGAUGUUCCGCGAGGUUGAGGAACUGAUGGAGGACACGCAGCACAAACUGCGCAGCGCGGUGGAGGAGAUGGAGGCUGAAGAAGCUGCUGCUAAGACGUCAUCAGAAGUGAACCUGGCAAACUUACCUCCCAGCUAUCACAAUGAGACCAACACAGAAACCAGGGUUGGAAAUAAUACCAUCCACGUGCACCGAGAAAUUCACAAGGUCACCAACAACCAGACCGGACAAACGGUCUUUUCCGAGACAGUCAUCACGUCUCUGGGAGAAGAAGAAGGCAAAAGGAGCCACGAGUGCAUCAUCGAUGAGGACUGCGGGCCCAGCAGGUACUGCCAGUUUGCCAGCUUUGAGUACACCUGUCAGCCGUGCCGGGACCAGCAGAUACCCUGCACCCGGGACAGUGAGUGCUGUGGAGGCCAGCUGUGCAUCUGGGGUCACUGCACCAAAUCGACCACCAAAGGCGGCAACGGGACCAUCUGUGACAACCAGAGGGACUGCCAGCCUGGGCUGUGCUGUGCCUUCCAGAGAGGUCUGUUGUUCCCUGUGUGCACACCCCUGCCUGUGGAGGGUGAGCUCUGCCACGACCCUGCCAGCCGGCUCCUGGACCUCAUCACCUGGGAGCUGGAGCCCGAUGGAGCUUUGGACCGAUGCCCAUGUGCCAGUGGCCUCCUGUGCCAGCCCCACAGCCACAGCCUGGUGUACGUGUGCCAGCCGACCUUCGUCGGGAGCCGCGACGGAGACGGGGAGAGCCUGGUGCCCAGGGAGGCCCCUGGCGCAUACGAAGACGGCGGCUUCAUUGAGGAGGUGCGCCGGGAGCUGGAGAACCUGGAGAGGAGCCUGUCGGUGGAAAUGGCUCUCGGAGAGCCCAGGGCCGCCUCUGAGCUGCUGGAGGGAGAAGAGAUUUAGAUCCAGGCCUGUUCUGCGGGUAGACGUGCAAUAGAAGUAGCUAAUUUAUUUCCCCAGCCGUGUCCUUUGGGUGUGGGCUCACCAGGCUUUCUUCCAUGGCCUCUUCCAAAUGCACUGUCCCUCUGGCUAGAAACAGAAUGAGAUCCUGCACACUCGUCCAGCUCCCUCAGACUGCACAGCACGCACCGCAGUUCUGCUGCCUGGGGAGAGAUGGGGUGGGGAGGCUGAAGGCAGAACAGAGCUGCUACACUGGUCCAGAUUAUUGGCCACUUUGCCUCUGCUGGUUGGCGGAUGGCACACUGCAUUUUGGUCUACAGCACCUCGAGAAUUGCUGGAGGACAGGGGAUGGAAAAGGAUGCAGAAUUUCCCCGUGAUGGGUUUUGGGGAAAUGCUGAUUCUUAUACUUGUGGAGAAGAGUGCUCUGCUUUGCAAACAUAAGCCUGGCGAAAAUGCAACAAGUGAAUUUUUCAUGCAGUCCUUCCCACCGCCUAGGCAAGCUGUGCCUUCAGCUGCUGCAGGUGACACGUUCUGCUCACUCUGUGUUCCAUGCAUUCGUCCCCUCAGCAGUGUUACUCCGCUCCUACCUCUGCGCUGGGGCAGCAGUUUUAUGUCCAUGAUCAAGUCAUGCUCUCACCACAGCCCGGUGAAGGGCGCAUUGCUCUCCCCAUCUGUCAGGAUCUCGGAGGCUCAGGGAUGUCAAGUUGUUUGCCCAAGUUACACAGCUAAUGAAGACCAGAGCAGGAUUAUCACCCAGGUGUGACACCAAGCCCAAAGCUCCCCACCAGCCUCAGUGCCACCAAAAGUACCCCCUAAAAGGAGGAAGGAUGAGAUUUUUCUUUGUUUGAGGCACAUUUGGAAUUACCGUCAAACUAGUUCGCACAUCCCUAUAAGAUUAAACUUCUUCUGUUAGAAAUAGCGUUCUCCCCAGUGUGGGGGCGGCCACCAUUCUAGUGGAGACAAUGGUACUGACACUGUUCCCUAUGGCAGUUAGUUACAUUACUAACUUUAAAGGUGCAUGAUGGAACAUAAUAUAUAACUUGCCAGAAACGGUACUUAGGUAAUUGUCAGGCCAGGAUUGUAAAUGAAAUUUGCAAAAUUGCUUACCAGCAGCUGAAGACCAUUAUCAUCCACACGGAGGAAAUCAAACAAGCAAGCCUCCAUGAAAUACGGCUGUAACAUCUAAACAGAGCCCUGACUGCAUGCUGUCCCACAAAUGAGAUUUUCAGGUGCCAUGGACCGUUUCCAUCAUGUAUUCAUCCAGAGUUAUUAAAUUUUAAAGUUGCA